AUGUCUUGCGACUCUAACACAAUCAAGAUUAGCGUGAAGCCGUCAUAUCUUGCCAAGCAUAAGGGUACUCAGUUCGAUCAGAAUGGUUUCUUCGUGAUGAACCGGGAUACACGGUGCAACGCAUCCAAAGGUCCAUACAGCUUGUCUAGAUUCGUGAGAAAGACAGUGGAGCUCGGGCCAGGCGAGAGUUAUGGUGGCCUCUACCCACACACAUACCGAUUAAGUCGAAGAGAGGAUUCCUCGGAUCAAACGGUGAAUGUCACAGUCAUUGUGGAGCCUUGGGCGAAAGGAGUAGCUACGGGGACCCUAUUGCCCUCAGACAUCCGCUUGACUUUGAAACACUAUACCUUCUCCGUAGGGUCCCCAGAACCCACUCUAAGAGUCAGAAUUAAUAAGUCUGUCGUUUCUGAUCAGCACUUUGUAGACGAGAAUGGGUAUCUGAAACGAACUUCCGACUUUGAAGGUGUCACUCAUUUCCGGGAUAUAGACAUUCCCUUGGAGCAAGGUGAUCGUCAUCAUAUCGGUGGCUACACCGCAGUGAUGGUCACCUCAAAAGAUGAUCCCCAAGUAUGUAUAUGCCCUCCAGGCUGGACGGAAGAAGAACCGACUGUCCUUACACCGGCCAAGCCAUGGGUCGACAAGGCUCACUUGACUUUCACUCUAUUGGACGACUGA